GUUUAUGAUAGAUUGUAUGUGGUGGACUUUGCUCAGUGUAGUCGUGUGCAAUACCUGAAGCAGAGUUCAAAAGUCUCCACUGUUGUUAGAUCUCAAGCUCUAAAGAAGUUGUCUUUCUCAACCAAAAGGCUGGAAAAGAAAAAAAAGGUUCUAACUGUUUUUUGGGAUAUAUGGAGGGAGGGGGGAGGUUACCAGUUUAUGAAUGUUCUUUCUGAGAAUAAGUGACCCUCAAAUAAUGAAUGUUUAAGGCAGAAUGUUGGUAAUGCUGUGGUUAUUCGGUGUUGAUUUUUUUUUCAUGUCAAACUGUUUUCACUUUCUCUUCUUGUUGUGCUUAAUUUAACCAUAAUUCUAUGUUUUAUACAUAGAUACUAUGGAUAACCUUCACUUGCAUGUUAUAGCUGUGGUCUUUUACUUUAAUCUUCCUGGAUCAGUGGGAACCAAGUCACAGCGGAUUCUUCCUGCUACACAUCAGCGUUCAGAAUGCCGGUGGGAUGGGCAGUUCUUACUGAAUUGCUCUUUUACAAGAAUAUCUACUAUUCCAGAAGAUAUUUCACAAAUGGCAGUGACAGCUGAUUUGAGUUACAAUAAUAUUAAAACUUUUGUGUGCUCUGGUGGAAGAAAUGAAGAGUGGAUGCUAAAACACCUGAACCUCAGUAACAACCUGAUUUCUGAGCUUACUUUAACUACUUGUACAAAUUUGCCCAUAUUAGAAACUCUAAACCUCAAUGAUAACGCCAUCCACACCCUGACGCUGGUCAUGCCUUCACCUGCACAUGGGUCUAAAAAGCACAGCAUUGUUGAUCGUCUCCUGCCUGCUUUGAAAGUAUUGUCAGUUGAAAGAAAUAAUCUUAAUACAGUUCCAAGAGGACUAGGGCUCCUGCAAUCUUUACAAACUGUCCAUAUAUCAUCCAAUGCCAUACAACAGAUUGACCCAAAGGAUUUUCAAAACUGUUCACAGCUGAAGGACAUUGACCUGCGAAACAACAAGAUAACUAAAAUUCAUCCAGAUGCCUUCAAAGAUCUCAACAAAUUACAGGUCGUGGAUCUCCGUGAAAAUGCUCUGACAAUCCCUCUACCACAGAUACUUGUCAGUUUGAACUUUUUUCGACUUGAAGUGUAUUUGUCAAAAAAUGCCUGGAUAUUUAACUGCAGGCUAAACACUUUUAAACAUUUAUCUCAUUUUGUCUUUGACUCCACAAGGAAAAAAUUGAGCCUUUCAUACAAAAAGUCUGCCAACAACUCCCAGAAACCUCUGCUGUAUCUUUCAAGUUUCCAUUUAAACUGCAGGGACAAAGUUUUGCUCAAAAGGGCCACAGUCCCAACAGGGAACACAUCAGUGCUGACCUGUAACUUGGACAACAUAAGGGGCAAUGGAGUCUCUUGGUGGACACCUAAGGGCAGAAUUUCAAAAAAUCACAGUCUUCCUGAUAUGACACUGGAUAAAAUGAAUAACUUAGUGAUAUACAAUGCUGAGAAAACUUCUGAAGGAUUAUAUUUGUGUCUCUUUAAUAUAACAAAAGAGAAAUAUCUCAUUUAUAAUAUAGAGGUGAAAGAAGGAGUUUCAGCAUUUUUGGUUAGAAAAACCAGGGACACUAACACUGGUUUUAGACAGGAAGAAACAGGGCCAAACUUUGCACUGGCUGUCUCCCUCUCUGUGCUCAUCACAUUUGUUUGUGCCUUUUGUCUGGGUGCUUUUGCUAGACCCUACCUGGAAAGCCUGUGGAGACUCAUGCGCAGGAACAAAAAUUCAGGUUCAGAACACGUGUAUUCUAAUCAAGCUUUUUCAGAUGAAACCCCAAGCACAGAACCUUCUGCAAGCAAACUAACAAAUAUGCAGCAUGAUACAUUAUUUUGUGGUAAGAGUUCUUUAAGAAACACACAGAUUUUUCCUACAGAAACUUCUACUGUGUAUGAAAAUGUCACUGGCAGAGGUGUACAUUCACCAAACCCCAAAGCACAGUACCAGAAACAAAGCAAUACUGAGGUCAACAUGAAGAAAAUACCAGGGUUUUCAAAAGUCCAAACUAGGAUUGAUGAUAAUGAAAGUACAAAUGUUUAUGAUACCGGACUAUUUUUUGUUGAGACGGACUACCAGAAGAGCAAUGAAAUAACACCAAAAAGCAAAGUAAGAAACAACUCUGGCCUGCUGCAGUCUGAGAUCACAAAAGUGACACCAGAUUCUGCAAAAAGAAAAGGUAUUGUUUCACAUAAUGAACCCAGGCACACUAAAAAAUUUAUGCAAGGAAGGAAAAACCGUGAAAAACAACUUGGUCUAAAUGGCAACAAAAAUAUACCUAGUGAUGCUGGAGAUUUUAUUUCACCCAGUAGCUCCAGAAGAGAUGCAGAUAUUAAGAAUGCAAGCAUCUAUGAAACAAUAGAAAACUCUCCCCUUUCAAAGCAUGACUAUGAAAGGAUGCAUUCAUAUGAAAAAAAUGCUUCAGCUGAUAUAUUUGGUGACAGUUCUUCAUCUGAAGGGAUUCCAUUCACAAUGAGUGACUCCAGUUCUUUAGCAGACUUUGAACUGGAACAAUCUGAUGUUAGUGACAACCUUCCAGUCUGUCAGUCAUUGCUAGAUGAAGCCAAUACAGACAGUGGAACUGAGAAAUUUGCAACACCCCCAGAGUCCCCAAACAUUACUCCUGAACUUCAGCAGAUUGGGAAAAAUGAAGAUGAGCACAGUGCCUAUUUUGAAACCACUAUUAAUUAUGGAUCAGAUACCACCAUGCAUGAAACAGCAUCCCCUUGCACUGAAAAACACAGUGGCCAUGUAAGCAUGUCAGAUCCAGAUACAAUUAGCUCUUCAAAUCAAGAAAUUCCAGAUACAUUUGAUUAUUUUGCUAAUACAGGAUCAACAGUACAAAACUCUAUUUCUGAUUCUCUCCAGAGUCAAAGUACAGAUUCUGGUAACAUAGUACUUAAGUUAAAACAUUUUCCCACAUAUGACACAGAGAAAACUUCUGAAGAGGAUGAACUGCAGCUGUCUCUACUUCCCAGAGAACCACAGCAUUCCCUCAGCUUCAGUCACAUGGAACAAAACGAAAAUGCAUCAGCAGAAAGUACAGAUGAGCAAACAGCCAGGAACUCCCCAGAAAAGAAUCAUGGUGAAGUAGACAUUAUAUUAAGAAGAAACAUGAGUACAUCUGAGGACAAUGGCUUUAUUCCUGCUCCCACUGAUACUGGUUUGAAUGAAGUUGUAAAAAAAACAUCACUGCUGCAUUCCAGCAAAGAAUCAUCACUUCAACUGAUGCCUGAACACACAUCUGAAAAACAUUUCAUGUUUGUUACACAGCAAGAUGACUUGCUACCACAGGGGGAGCAGGCUUGUGCAGAUACAAUGAAAGAAGGUUCCAAUGAGAAAAAUUCUGAUGAAUUCACAGAAUUACAGGAUACCAGCAAUUGCAGUCUUCCUGAAGAAAUGCAGUCUUGUAAUCCUACACCAGUUCUGCUGCACCUUCAUAAUUCUGGGAAAACACAAUUGGAAUUCACAACAGAUGAUUGCUUCCAACUGGAUCAGAGUGAUGAAGAUGCAUAUUCCUUCUCAAUCCCAGAAGGUUUCUUCGAUGAAAGCACACCAUACAGUUCAUGUUCCUUCCCACAAAAACCUGUAGGAAAUACAAUCUCUGAAAGCACUGAUUCCAGCAAGAUGAAGGCUUACACUACUUUGACAGAACUGGAGAACCAUUCUGCAACAACUGUAGAACAUCUCCAAAAUUCCAGUGACAAUCUCAGCAAAAAAAGGCAGACAAAUUCAGGACAGAACCAGUUUUUUGUUAGGAAGAAAAGAGCAUUUGAUGGAUUUGCUAAUAUUUUGGAAAGUAGGAGAACAAACUUCAAUAGUUGAAACACAAAACGGUAAUACUAAGCUCCCACAGUGUUUAUGUCAUUACAGCAGAUGCAAACUUUAUUUUGUAUUAAAGUGAAAUUACUUUUGUUUAGAAGGGUACUCAUAAAAAAACCAAUAAUAAGACUUUAUUAAAAGAUACUCCAGAAUAUGAAUAAGGCUUUUGUUGAAUUACAUUUACUUUCUCAUUAUUGGCAGUUGAUACUAAUAUAUCAUUUCCCUUGGAAUUUGCUUCAGAUACUCACUGUUUCAUCUUUUUGCCUAAAAUAAAUGCAAUGUGGAAAUUUACAUUAUUACUAUUAUUAUGUUUUCUUAUGGUACUCAAUCUGUACAGUGAAAUAGUAUAUACUACUGUGUUUUGUUUUUUAAGCCAGAUUUGUGGAUUAUCUCUGAAUUCCUGGUGUUGCAAAGAUAAAUAAAGUCCAAGCAGUAUUCAAUUACAUGCCCAAAAUUACUUUUUAAUUUGGCAAAAGAGAGAAAACCACCUUUCUCAAAGAAACAGAAUAGAAUUCAAUUCUUGCAGAAAAUAUCAGUUAUAGAAAUGCAGCUAUAAUGGGACAUCACCCAAAGACAAAGGAUCCCAUACCCACUUGAGAAUUUUACUUAAGAAGGAAAAAGAGUAGUUCAAAACUAUUUUAGAACAUCAGUAGCCAAAAGAUAGUAAACGUAAGGUAAAAUUACCUCUGAAUAUAGCCCAAGGCCCUUUCAACAGACUGAGUACCACUGAUAGAGUUCUUGAAGGGAAAUGUCAUCAUGAAAGGGAGCAGACCCAGUUCUGGGAAAAUGCAGGAAGCUGGCUACAACUCUGGGAAAACUCUUCCACAAAGACACUUAUAUUAACUCCUAAAAUCUCCAAACAGAAGGAACACAUUUCAAUUCCAUCACAAGAGCAGCAAGUCCAAUGGCACACUACAUCACUGAAACCACCUUUAAAGAAAAAACUAAGAACAAAGAGCCCCUGACAGCUUUCAGUAAAACUCAUAAUCCACACAAGUUCUCUGUGAGCAAAACAACUUUAAAAAUGCAAGGCCUGAAAAAAAGCACUGAUUGCUCUUUUUGGCAUCUAUGAGUCUUCAAACACCAUUAGCAGUUCUCCAAGGCCUGUCACCUUUUGGCUGUUGCAGCUGCUAACAUGUUAGAAAUCUAACCAUACAAGCAAGACAAUUUUGUGAACCAUGGGGAAAAAAACCCACUCAAGUGCUCUACUGGUAUCUCAUACACGGAAAUGCUCAGCCAUUUACUUGUGCAACAAUCCAAUAGGACUUCAAAAUAUAUAUUGGAAUAUUAUUUUCUCAUAUUUUUUUCUGACCGCGAGAAUGCUGCAGGGGUGAGGCAGACAGUACACUACUUGUGAGAAGCUGCAGUAUUUCUAAGAUUCCCUUUAUGCCACAAAGUUGUGGGAAAGUUUCUGUUCUCAUAAGGCAAAGUAAAUGUGCUCCUUUAUAGUGGGAUUUUAACACGUGGCAAAGUAUUCAUUCUACUGUCAAAAUAUUACGUUUCGUCUCAAAUUUAUCUUUGUAUUUCUGCCUAAUCUUGCCACUGUCCUUUGCUACUCAUCUCUCCAGUUUUAAUAUCACAUCUUCAUUCAAAUCCAAACCCUCUGCUGCUUCUCCUUCAUAUAAGUUGACUUCAUUAGCAAUUGCUCUUUAAUACAAAACCCUUGUAUUUUCUGUGACUUCCACACAGUACUCAUCAUACUCUGCUCCUCCCCACUCACCCCAUGUUAGCAUGCCCUUCUGUAUAGAAUUAGCUACACAGUCCCACACACACUGAUCCCAAGAUUGUAUCCUCACCUUUCUUUACAUUUCAUCCACUGUAUCUUGCUCACACUGAAAACUGAUUUAGCUUAUUUGGCCACUGGGAAAAUUUCUAGACACCUAUACUAGUAGGAAGCCCAUUGCUGUUACUAUCCCAGAUGACUGUAGGUAAUCAAAGUCACAGAAUAAGCUCAAUAUAAAAGGUGCCUGAGUGUAUGCUGUAUGAAUUUGUAACUGAACAUGAGGAAUCAUGACAAGAGGAGGUCUGGACACACCCUUCUCACAGGGCAAUGGCCUGCCAGGCUCCACAAUCGACAAGACACAGAAUCCCUCAUAUAGUGAAUCAGGACAGGAAAAAAUACAGGCAUUUUAAGGGUAGAUCAAGAAAUUCAAAUACAGUAAUCAGAAUGAAAUAAAACUCAUUUUCAAGCACAUAAUAGUUUGAUAAUCGUGAAGUUAUUUGCUGUCAGUACUAAGAAUUUCAAUCUUUCCUGAAUAUGCUGAAAAUUGGGCUGGAAAUUAACCUUUAAAUAUAAGAAGACAUGCACAUUUAACCCACACAUAACCAACAAAAGCAACUUUUUUGGAUAGCAGCAGUAAAUUUUUCAUUCACCCCUUCUGGUAAAUACAGAUAAGUAACAGCCUACAUUCUGAAAAUUGGCAAAGCCAGCCCCAGCCUUCAUCAGAAACAUAAAUGCAAUGGAAAACUUCUUCAGGAUGGGUUCUGCAUUACAAUAUUCUAAUUUCAAUGUAAAUACAUUCAUUUCAAGUAAUAUUUUAAGUCCAGGUUGGAAGUAGUAUCUGGAGGUUACUUAGUCCAAUAAUCCUGAUCAAGCAGGGCCACCUAGACCCAGUUGCUCAGGAUCACGUUCAGAUGGUUUUUGAAUAUCUCUGAGGAUAGACUCAGUAACGGUGCAUGGUGACCUUCACAGAAAAAGACAGCAGUUCUUGGUGUUCAGAUGGAGCCUCCUAUGUUUCAGUUCAUGCCCACUGCCUCUGGUCCUGUCACUGGGCACUGGUUGAAGAGUCUUUGUCUUCUUUACACCCUCCCUUCAGAUAUUUAAAUAUUUUAGUAAGGCUUCCCAGAGCACCUUCUCUUCUCCAGGCUAAAUAGCUGUAUCCCUUUCCUCACAGGAAAGAAAUUCCUAUCCCUUCAUAUCUUAAUGGCCCUUUACUGGACCCUCUCCAGAAUGCCACAGGGUCUUUGGUACUAGGAUGCCUAGAACCGGACACAGUACCCAGGUGUGGCCUCACCAGUGCUGUGCUGUGUAGGAGGGAAUAAUCAUGACUCAGCCUGCUGGCAAUACUUUGUGUGAAUCAGACCAGGAACCACUCACCUUCUUCACAGUGAGGACUUGUUGCUGGCUUGUCUCAGACUUGGUGUCCACCAGGAGCCCCAGUCCCUUUUCUGCCAAGUUCAUUUCACCUGGGUGACCCUCAGCAGAUACUGGUGCAGGGGGUUGCUCCUCCCCAUCUGCAGGACUUUGCAAUUCUCCUGGAUGAAGCUCAUGUAGUUCCUGUCAGGUCAUUUGUCAAGCAUGCUGAGGUCCCUCUGCAAGGCAGCACUAGUUACUGGUCUCCAAUCAGAGUUUGAUUUGCAAAGCACCACUCUCUGGGCCUAAAUUUUCAGGUUUUAGUCCAUCUAUCUGCUUAUCCAGCCCAUACAUCAACAGCUUUUCUAAUCAGAACCCUGUGGGUCAAAAGGCUGGAUUUGAUGAGUGGGUAACAAUUACGCUUCUUUAAAAUUUUGUCUUGAGACAUUUUUGCUCAAAUUGACUUGUUGCUGAAAACUUGUGUAUUAUAGUACUGUUUUACACUGACACACCUCAUUUGAACCACAACCCUUUUGAAACACACACUUUUUCCCAACAGAUUUAAGCACCGAUUUGCACCAUUAGAAACAAUGGGACAAGAUCCUACACAUUCCCUGCUAACACCUGAUAAGCACUGCCUGCUUAUGUAUGUUCAGAUAUGAGAAUUUCUGAAGUAUGAAUCACAGAAAAAUCUGAAGUCAGUUUCUGAAACCAACACAAAUACUGUUUAUUUGUGGGAUGCCAUUUUACAACACCAUGAAAAGACCUAAAAAAAUCAACUGGAUUAACUCAUGUUAGGUGGCAUAAUAGUAUUUUCAUCAUAUUGUGAGUCACAGGAGCUUAGCACACCUUAUUGAUGAAAUAUCCAAGUAACUAAGAUGUAAAGCAUUCACAGUUACAGGUUAACUGCUGUUCCUGCAACAGCAGUGUUGGUGCUAUUUUGACACACGUACACAUGCACACAUACAGUGGGGGAGUGGGCGAGGAUUUAAAAAAUAAAAGCGAACCAAAAAAAUGCUGAAUUUUGGUCUCAAUUACAGAAAACAAACUAUUCAGUUUGUGGAUGGAUUCUACAUACUUUUAGAACAAUACAAAAAGACAAAAUAUAAGGCCUAGAAAGAGGUAUGUUAGCAGCUAUAAAUAAAACCAGGGCACAAGCUAACCUUUAAAGCUGCCUAUAUUAAUUCCAAAAGUAUCAAACAAUUUGUUAGACUUGUGACUAAGGGUCAACAGAAAUCUGGGAAAACCUGAACACAAUUGAAGUACAUUUCUUGUCCUUCAAAACAGUAACUUGGGAACAUAAACCAAGUAGCAACAAGCUGUACUAAUUGUGAUUGUAUGAGCAUAUUUCUGACUAAAUAAAACUUGUGUUGUUGCGGUAAAAUGGGAGAAGCCUCUGCAGAAUUAGAAAUGGCUACAAAAAGAUAACCCAAGUAAUUAUUGUAGCUUAAAGACAACCUUAAAGAGGUUUUAACUGAAAACUCAAGUACAUAAAUAAUUUCACUAAUUUCUAUGUUCUUCAGCUUGCUUUCCUUGGAAAAGAUAAAAAGUGAAAAAACAACAGUAAUAGAGAAUUGUAUUAAUACUUUAAAUACUUAGUAUCACUUUGCUUUGGAAGUGAAAUUUAAUUCAUGGACUGUUUUGGUUACUAACAUUAAUAGAAUCAUUUAGGUUGAAAAGAUCCUAAAGAUUAUUGAGUCCAUAGAGCUCCAAAUGUUUGUCAUCAAGGAACAUCAACUGAUAUAGUCUCUGGAUACUAUUUUACUUUCACUAACUGUCUUUCCAAUUUACACCUCCCAAAUACCAAAAAUUAACUUUAGAUUGAUCAUCAAGUUUCUCCUAAAAAUUCAAUAA